CGUAACAGCGCUUUGCCAUUUUCUCUGAUCUUUAAACUCGACAAAUUCCACUUAUUUAUUGCAUUUAAAAAAAAUAAACCUCUCCACCGCCAUAAACAAUGCUGAAGCUCCCGUUGACUCAAAUGCUGCGGCAUUCCAUGGCCAACCAGCUGUUGCGCAGCCAAACGCGUCUAUUGCACCUGGGCGAGGCGAAUGUGCUGAGCAGCGACAUUGAUAAGCAAUCGGCCGUGUACAAGGAUAAUGCCAACGAGAUGAGCAAGCUGGUCGCACAGUUGCGUCAGCUGACCAGCCAGGUGUUAACAGGUGGCGGCGCCAAGGCCAUCGAGCGUCACACAUCGCGCGGCAAGCUGCUGGCACGCGAGCGCAUCAACCUGCUGCUGGACAAGGGCUCACCCUUCCUGGAGCUUAGCACGCUCGCUGGGCAUGAGCUCUACGGCGAUGAGCUGGUCAAUUCGGGCGGCAUUGUCACCGGCGUGGGACGUGUGUGCGGCACCGAGUGCGUUGUGGUGGCCAAUGAUGCGACGGUCAAGGGCGGCAGCUAUUAUCCUAUCACCGUAAAGAAGCAUUUGCGAGCACAGGAAAUUGCCCAGGAGAAUCGCUUGCCCUGCAUUUAUCUGGUCGACUCCGGCGGUGCAAAUUUGCCGCGCCAGGCGGAGGUGUUUCCCGACAAGCUGCACUUCGGUCGCAUUUUCUACAAUCAGGCGAACAUGUCGGCGCAGGGCAUACCACAGAUUGCCGUUGUCAUGGGCAGCUGCACAGCCGGCGGCGCCUAUGUGCCUGCGAUGGCCGAUGAGAGCAUCAUUGUGAAGCGCCAGGGCACCAUCUUUUUGGCCGGACCGCCGCUGGUCAAGGCGGCAACAGGCGAGGAGGUGUCUGCCGAGGAUUUGGGUGGUGCCGAUCUGCAUUGCAAGACCUCCGGCGUAACGGAUCAUUACGCGGUGGAUGAUGAGCAUGCGUUGUACCUGGCCCGCCAGAUAGUCAGCAAUUUGAAUCUGGAUGCAACUAAUGCGUACAACGACCAGCUUCAGCACUCCAGCCAGCAAAACUUUCGUGUGGCCACGCCGGCUACUGCGGGCGCUGUGGAGGAGCCGCUCUACGACCCCAGCGAACUUUAUGGCAUUGUCGGUCCCAAUCUGACCAAGAGCUUCGAUGUGCGCGAUGUGAUUGCACGCAUUGUCGAUGGCAGCCGCUUCACGGAGUUCAAGAAACUCUACGGCGAGACAUUGGUCUGUGGCUUUGCCAAGCUCUAUGGCCGCACCGUCGGCAUUGUGGGCAACAAUGGUGUGCUCUUUUCGGAGAGUGCACUGAAGGGCGCACAUUUCAUACAGCUGUGCGCGCAGCGAAAAAUACCGCUUGUCUUCCUGCAAAAUAUAACGGGCUUCAUGGUGGGACGCGAUGCAGAGGCCAACGGCAUUGCCAAGAAUGGCGCCAAAAUGGUCACAGCCGUGGCCUGUGCCAAUGUACCCAAAUUUACGGUUAUUAUUGGCGGAUCCUAUGGAGCUGGCAAUUAUGGCAUGUGUGGACGCGCCUAUUCGCCGAGGUUCCUCUACAUGUGGCCCAAUUCGCGCAUCUCUGUUAUGGGCGGCGCCCAGGCAGCUAAUGUGUUGGCCCAGAUCACAGAGGAUCAGCGAAAACGGGCUGGCAAGGAUUUCAGCGAGGCGGAGGCGCAGAAAAUUAAAACGCCCAUUGUGGAAAUGUUUGAACGCGAGGGUUCGCCCUACUACAGCACGGCACGUUUGUGGGAUGAUGGCAUCAUUGAUCCGGCGAAUACCCGACAAGUGUUGGGCCUUAGCCUAAAGGCAGCUCUUAAUAACGCCGGACAUGACACAAAGUUUGGCGUUUUCCGCAUGUAGAAAAAACAUGAUAUCAAGCUAUGAAGGGAGAAUUUGUGCAUUUGUGGCCAUUUAAUGUUCAAAAUUGUUGUAACUGUUGCAUUUAUUAGUGUUAAGUGAAAUGUUUUCCUUGUAAAUUUGUCAUAUUUUAUAUAAAAAAAAA